UGUGCCGGUUUGAAUGUGUCCCCUGCAGAAGAAGAUGUUCCUAUUGAGCCCCCGAGUGCAACCACCACCACCACCAUUGGAAUAUCCGCCACCUCCACCACUUUCACUACAGCUUUUGGUAAGAAGCGAGCAAGUGUGGCCACUACCCCGAGCACCAAUCGUAAGAACAAAAAGAACAAGACCAAGGACUCGCCCAAUGAACCAAUCAUAUUACAGGAUCCGCAGGUUGCACUAGCACAGCACAAGGCGGACAAGAACAAGAUCCACGGCGAGCCCCGGGGUGGGGGGAGCGGAGUGACGGGCGGCAACAGCGAUUCGGACCCAUUGGAUAGCACCGACUGUGCUAGUGAGAGCAGCAGCAGUGGGGGCAAAAGUCAGGAGCUCAACUACCUCCCUGAUCUCACCUCCUCCGCCUCCUCCUCUUCCUCCUCUUCCUCAUCCUCCUCAUCAGUCCCCUCCUCAGGAGCAGCCCAGAGCCUCCUGCGCGGCCUGGAGAAGAGACACUGUCCUCAGCCGCAAACUGACGCCAAGGUGGAAAACAAGGUCACAGUCUCUAUCUCAAAACCAACGCAAAAAGCUCUGGACAUGAGCGACUCCACCUCACACUCCUUACCCUCUCCAUUCAAGACCAUGGCUCUACCCGUCACCUCACCCAUCAGUAAGCUCAGUCUCACAAGCCCCAAAAGAGGCCAGAAGAGAGAAGAAGGUUGGAAGGAAGUGGUCCGAAGAUCAAAGAAGCUGUCUGUGCCAGCCUCUGUUGUGUCUCGGAUCAUGGGUCGAGGCGGCUGCAACAUCACAGCUAUCCAGGACGUGACAGGAGCUCACAUUGACGUAGACAAACAGAAGGACAAGAACGGGGAGAGGAUGAUCACCAUAAGAGGAGGGACUGAGUCUACAAGGUAUGCAGUCCAGCUGAUAAAUGCUCUAAUCCAGGAUCCAGCUAAAGAGCUUGAGGAUCUGAUCCCCCGGAAUCACAUCCGAGCCCCAGGCUCCAAAACCACCUGUGCUUCCUUCCCCAGUACAACAGGGGCCGUCAGCGGCUCCAGUGUUGGGCCCAAGGCCCUGAGCUCGUUGGUCACCUCCCCAGGCGUCUCGUUCCAGCCCUCUUCAUCCUCAUCUUCACCCUCCUCUCAGGCUGGGGGAAAGAUUGGGAAGGGGCUGUCAUCAAAUGUCAGACAGCCCUUCCCUGUGUCUCUGCCCUUGGCGUACGCUCACCCUCAGCUCGCUCUCCUGGCUGCGCAGACCAUGCACCAGAUCAGACACCCUCGUCUACCCAUGGCUCAGUUUGGUGGCACCUUCUCUCCCGCCGCCAGCACCUGGGGACCCUUCCCUGUGCGUCCCGUGAGCCCCGGGAGUGCUAACAGCUCCCCCAAGCACAAUGGAGGAACCAACAGCACUGGAGGCCAGGCCCGACCCAACUUGACCCACAGUGAGCACGCAGCCAGCUCAAUGGUCUCAGUUGCGCCCACCAACACCUCGACCAACAGUGCUCCCAACGCAGCAGCAACCUCGCCUCAUACCCCAAAUCCUACUCCUUACAAUCCCCAGCCGAGCGUCCCCACUCCUUCCUCCGUCAGAAAAAAGCUCUUUGCCCUUGACCCCAAGCCCGCCGGUGCCCCCCCUGUGUCUGUUUCUGCCUCUUCUACUAGUGGCAGUAAUGCAGUACGAGGCACAGGUUCUCCCGCACAUCACAGUUCCACUACCCUUCACGCGAACGCCCCUCAGCAUUCAGUCGGACCGAUGUCCCAGCCCCCAAUCCAUUCAAAUAAAUCAGAACCCAGUGCUGUUGCCCCUGGAAAAGACAAGCCCUCUCUCUCUGCAGAGAACCAGGCUGUUCAUGUCAGUGAGAGCCUCAACUCUAUGGGUUUCCCUGCCCCCAGCAUGGCUUUACCUUCCAAGCCAGAGCUUCGACAGCAGUUACCUCCUCCCCCCUCCUCUGCACCAUCAUCAGAGGCCCCACCACCGCUCCUCAACCCGCAGCCCGGCUCCCAACACGCCUCAGCACAGCCUACUGUCCUCUCACACAAUGUUGCACACCCCAACAACACUGUACCCCACUUCUCAGCCCCUGCGCCCAGAGUCUCCCAUCGUAUGCAGCCACCAGGGCCUUACUACUCCCUUAAUGAGCAGCAACAUCAACAACAACAACAACAACAUCAACAACAGCAGCAGCAGCAGACGCAACAACAGCAGCAGCAACAGCAACAACAGCAAUCUGUGUUCGUGCCCUUCAAUGCUCAGCAAGAACUCCCAAAACAGACCCAAAAUCAGACGUCCCAGCAGAGCAAUUUGCCUCCACAAGCGCAAAACCAGGCUCAAGCCCAGUCUCAAGGCUCCCUUCAGGUCUCUGCUAACAUGGGCAUGAUGAACGGUUCCCAGAUGCAGCAUGUGGGCAAUGCGGGCAAGCCUCAGCAGUUACCCCCCAACUUCGGUCCUGCAGGUCUCUUCAACUUCAGCAGCAUCUUUGAUAACCAGGUUUCAAACAAUCCGGUGUGGGGUGCGUGCCAUCUGCCGACUCGAUCACCUCCAGAGCAGUCGUACUCGACCCCACAGGCCUACAUGAGCCAGAUGGAGAAUAUGAUGCCCCAGCCUCCUCCAGACAGCUCUAAAGCCCCUGGCUACCGCUCUGCCUCACAGAGGAUGGUCAACAGCCCCAUCGCGUUGACCAGCUAUACCACCAAUAUCUCUGGUAGCCCUGUGUAUCUGCACGGUCAUACAGGAGUGGGCGCACCCUCAUUCAGCAGACAGCACUUUUCCCCCCACCCAUGGAGUGCAUCCACAUCAGGUGAAUCUCCUGUGCCGCCUCCAUCUACGGUGUCGUCAUCUGCCCUCUCAACCUCAGCUGUGCCCCCUCCCCCCCAGCCUAAGCCAGGCAACUCCUCCCAGCAGGACCGGAAAGUUCCCCCUCCCAUCGGCACGGAGCGGCUGGCCAGGAUCAGGCAGACGGGUUCUGUUAACCCCCCCCUGCUGACCACCAGCUACACGGCAUCCGUUGGACAGGGAGGCAUCUGGUCAUUCGGGGUCGGCAGUGCUUCGGAGGCCAUGUCUGGUUGGUCCCAGCCCCUGAUGAGCAGCCACAUGAUGCACCCUCAGCUGCAGCAGGAGCAGUCCGCCUUCUCUCAGCACCAGCCCAUGGAGCAGGAUGACACCGGCAUUGCAAACCCUGCGAAUAACUACCACCAGGCUCAGCAUCUGCCCAACAGCUACAUGGACUUUCCUAAGGGGAUGCCUAUGUCAAUGUAUGGAGGAACCAUGCUGCCCCCUCAUCCUCCCAUGGCAGAGGGGCCAGGGGGGCCGAUGUACAAUGGUUUGCACGCUGGUGAUCCCGCAUGGAGCCCCAUCAUCAAAGUGGUCCCAAACAAUGCGGAUAACUCUGACCCACAGCAGCAGGUGUGGCCUGGUACCUGGGCACCUCAUGUUGGCAACGUGCACCUGAACCACGUCAACUAGAGAGCGUCCACAGCAAUCAAACGCACACAGCAUGACCCACAGCGCUAACCUGAAAUACCAACUGACGAAUAUGACCGAAUAAGACGAUGAAAAAAAGAAAAACGUACAUGUUAACUUUAGUAGAGACCUAAGAGUGCAGAGCAGAGGUUGAAGAAUUGGAAGUUCUCAUGACACCAUUCUUUAAUGUUCCUAUCUCAAACAAAUAAAGAGGAAAUUGGGCGAAAAUUGUUAUCAGUGUCCUGAUGAUGCAAACAACAUGCGCGAUCACCUGUUUAACAGGAUCCAUUCUCUGCGUAGUUUAGCGAUUUUGACUUAAACCCACAUACACCGUUCUUGGGCUGCAGGGGGCUCAACAUGAAGUAGCUAUUUAAACUUGGCCCAGAACUAGAUGAUGAUUACCGAAAGAGAAAGAGAAAUCAGAACCUUUUAGAGUGGUAAAUAAAUGUAUAAUUGUUUACAUACUAAAAAGGGUUAAAAUGAGAGUAAAUUUCAUGUCGUAUAGUGGCUCUACUUUAUGUAGCCUGUAUUAAUGUGAAAUAUUUACCUUAAUAUUCAAUAAAAAGAUUGAAAAGUA